AAUUAUUUGUUUAUAAUUUAAUGAGCAAUCAAUAACUUUAAAAGUUGAUAAACAACACUUUUAUAACUAAAAAGAGGGUUUCUGCUGGAUCCUUUGGUGUUGUGUACUGUGGCUAAGACAUAAAUACCAGAGCUCUAGUUGCCAUAAAAAUUGAAAAGGGGAAUAAAGAAGACUCAAGUCUUGAAAGAGAGGUAAUUUUAAUUAUCAUGAAACUAAAAGGCAGAAAUAUUAAGAAGAUUGUAAAAAGUACCCUAAAUUCCAAAGUUGCAUUGGGCAGGAAAAGAAGUAGAUUCAAAUGUGCUUGUUAUUUAAUAUUUGGGACGAGAUUUGACACAUUAUAUGAAAACCUUUCGCAAGUUUUCAUUACGCUGCGUAUUAAAUAUAGCUGAACAAAUGAUUAGCAUAUUAGAAAACAUUCAUAAAAAGUAAGAAAUUUACCUCGAAUAAAUAGCAAAGUGUUGCAUCGUGAUAUUAAACCUGAAAAUGUUCUUGUAGGAAAGGAUGAUGAAGAAAAUAUGCUAUAUAUUGUAGACUUUGGAAUUAGCAAAUUUUAUAAAGAUGAAAAUGAUUCACACAUGUAAAUGCAAAUCAAAUCAAUUUUAGAUCCUAUAGAGAGAACUAACCAUUCAUUGGAACUACCAGAUAUGCCAGCACUAAUGCUCAUAAAGGUAAUUCUUUAAGCAGGAGAGAUGAUUUAGAAUCCUUAGGAUAUAUGCUAAUCUUUUUAUUAAAAGGUAAAAAUGUACCUAUUUUAUUAAGGUUAAUUACCUUGGUAAAAUUUAUAAUUCAUAGAUGAUGAAGAUAAAAUGCGUUAAGUUGGCUAAAUGAAGAUGAAAAUGGAAAUUAAUGAAUUAUGCAAAGGAAUUCCCGUUGAAUUUGGAACCUUUCUAGAAUACAUCAAAAGUCUGCCAUUUAAAGCUGAACCUAAUUAUCAUCAUUGCCGAUCCCUUUUUAAAAAAGUAUGCUAAGAACACAACUUUUAAUAAAAAGAUUUAGUUUUUGAUUGGGAAUCUGGUCCUAAAUCAGAUAGAAAUGAUGACAGAAGAAAACAAACCAUUGAAGCUCAUCUACCUAGUAGUUAAAAUAGCAAUUUAGUAAAUAAUAAACCUUCUUUGUAUUUAUAUUAAAUGAUUAUCUAUUAGAUUCAAAAAGUCAAAGGAUGAAAUUUCAUCCAAUAAUAUUGUAGGCUCACUUCUUAAUUACUCUCUUGAAUAAUUAGAAAUGAAUUCAUUGCUUAAAACUCCAGAGCAAAGAAAAUCUAAUCUAACACCAGAUAUUCAUAGAAGAAAAAACAGAAUAUAAUCAGUGAGUAGUUACAAUGGUUCUCAUUCUGAAAUGGAAAAUAAUGGUAGUGUUUUAUUGGGAAUCUAACCAAGUAUGUUAAGCAGAUUGAGCAAAUUGUCAUUUAAUUCAAAUUCUAAAGUUCGUAACAGUAAAUAAAAUCUCACUUUGACACCAGAAUAAAGGAGACCUAAUAAACAAGAAAAAAAACUGACUAUUACUCCUAACUCUUAUCUUGAAUAGGUUAAUAGCUAAAAAAAAAAGUCAUUAAUUAAGAAUUCCAGUUCUUAACAAAAAAUAUCAUUAAAAAAAGAAGAUGUUGAAGAAACUAUCAGAGAUUUCUCUAAAAUGAAUGAAACUGAUGAAGGGAUUGAACGUAAAUAUAUGGUUCUGAAAUAAGCAUCAGUAAAUGCGUAUGUAAUUUGGAUAUAUCAUAAUGUAGGCGCUUUAAAAAAUCAAUUAACGGGUCUGCAAAUCAAUAAUAAAAAUAACUUUGA